GUGUAUAUAUAUUUGUAUACUUGAUGGUCUGAUAUUAUCACUCUUAGCAAGAAAUGAGUUUUAAAAGUUGGUUGAUUUCAAAGCCAGACUCUUAGUUUGGUGGGUAGUGAUUCUAGUGAAAUCAGUCUUUUCUUAGCAUUAAAACUUGUACUUAUAUUGGCUUAAUAGUUCAGUUUCAGAAGCUGUGGAAGACAAUCUUCUGAAAACUGUACCAAAUGCUGGCUGAAAAAGAGGACUCAUCAUAUCCAUGUGAUAAGAGCAUGAGACUUCCCACAUGCAUUUUCUUCAAGGAUGCCAGAUUUGUGUUUAAAUUAGAUAAACUUGGUGUGGAAAUAGCUUCAAUUGCAUUACCAGCUGCACUGGCUUUGACAGCUGAUCCGAUUGCUUCUUUAGUGGACACAGCAUUCAUAGGCCAAAUCGGUUCAGUGGGGCUUGCUGCUGUUGGAGUUUCUAUUGCUUUGUUCAAUCAAGUGUCGCGAAUUGCGAUAUUCCCACUUGUCAGUGUCACAACCUCUUUUGUUGCUGAAGAAGACACCAUUGGAAGAGUGAAACCUCAACCACAACCGCAACCACAGGAGGAGACUGAGAACCUUGAACAAGAACACUUGAUAGCAGAAAAUAGUAUGCCCUUUCUUUAGGGCCAUGUGCCUUGC